AUGUUUAAAAAUACAGCCUACACAGAAGGCUUUGUUGCUGGUACCCGCUGCCCAACAAAGCGAUUACAGCCAAAAGGUGAAGGAAAUUGUUUGUCAAAUGCCAAUGGAUGGGAAUUCGGAUGCUACACUAAUUUCAUAAUCUCGUUCAAACAAUUAACCUUCAUGUCCCUGGGAAUAUGGGAUGGUGGUAUUGGUGGAGCUGAAGGACCUGAUCGUAUAUUUGUUGGGGGUUUACCGUAUUACUUUACUAAGGUACAGAUAAGAGAGCUGCUAGAAUCCUUUGGACCGCUGCGUGGGUGUGAUCUUGUGAAGGAUAGAGAUAUUGGAAAAUCUAAAGGAUAUGGUUUAUGUGUCUAUGAGGAUCAAGCAGCCACAGACGUUGCCUGUGCUACACUUAAUGGCUUAAAAAUUAGGGAUAAAACACUCACAGUCAGACGUGCAACCAUCAGUGGGCAGAUGAAAUCUGAACAGGAGACCAUUAUGGCCCAGGCUUAA